AUGCGAUCCACUUUUUCUCUUUCUCUUUUACUCUCUUUUCUCACUUUCUCAUUCCUCUGUCUCUCACCCACAUCUUUCUUUCCCUAUUUCCUCAAUCUUUUCUCUAAAUGCGAUCCACUUUUUUCUUUCUCUUUUACUCUCUUUUCUCCUUUUUCAUUCCUCUGUCUCUCACCCACAUCUUUCUUCUUUCCCUAUUUCCUCCAUCUUUCUCUAAAUGCGAUCCCACUUUUUCUCUUUCUCUUUUACUCUCUUUUUCUCACUUUUCUCAUUCCUCUGUCUCUCACCCCAUCUUUCUUUCCCUAUUUCCUCCAUCUUUCUCUAAAUGCGAUCCUCUUUCUUUUCUUUUUCUCUUUUUUCUCCUUUCUCAUUCCUCUUUCUCAUCUUUCUUUCUAUUUCCUCAAUCUUUCUCUAAACAUCUUUUUCUUUUUCCCUUUUUUCUCCUUUUCAUUCCUCUGUCUCUCAAAUCUUUCUUUCCUAUUUCCUCCAUCUUUCUCUUACGAUCCCUCUUUUUUUCUUUCUCUUUUACUCUCUUUUUACUUUCUCUGUCUCUUCUUUUUUCUCCUCUUUCUCAUUCACUCUUUUUCUCUUUCUUUUACUCUCUUUUUCUCACUUUCUCAUUUCUGUCUCUCAUCUUUCUUUCCAUUUUCUCCAUCUUUCUCUAAAUGCGAUCCUCUUUUUUUUCUCUUUUUCUCUUUUUUUCUCUCUUUUCUCUCUUUCUUUCAUUCCUCUGUCUCUAAACCCACAUCUUUUUCUUUCCCUCUUUUUUCUCUUUCUCAUUUCUUUCUCUAA